AAUAUCCCUUACACUCAACUGAUGAAUGGUUCCUAUUGUACAAAAAUGCUCUUUUUGCACAUUCUCUUUCAACAAAAUUAAAAACCUAAAAAUUCCACCCUACCAAAGCUUGGAUUAUUAGCUGCAGUAUUUGGUAGACCUUAUUAGAAUGAUGUGCUUGAAAACUGUAGACCUGUCUUAUUCUACUUCAGUAAACAGUGAGAACAUCAUAAACUCCGAACAUUUCUGCGUUAAUUAUGACCAACACUAGAGGGCACUAAAAACUUGCCCGACCAUAGCAUUACGUAGCGCUUUUGUGUCUUGUGAGCAUUUUUGACACCACCCCUUCUUUGCAGACGGACUUGAAUAGGGACCACUCGGUGUAAACAAAUCUAUAGCGCCGAAGAACUGACUUGUUCUGAAUGUUGACCUGUUAAAUCUAAUUGGACUGCUUGUCUGUACUGGUUCCAAGGAUGUAGGUGAAUGGACUGACGGCUGGGAGAAUCAACCCGAUCUGGGUUGGAAUCGAAUCUUUCACUGUUAAUCAAUGCCAUCCGAUAGCGUUAGAUAUCUGCCGUGGUCGCUGUCAGGGGAGGGAUCGUACACAAUCUUAUGAUAUUCACUUCUGCAAUGGCGACACCUGCAGAACAUGACCUCACUUUAGCCGAGGCCGAAAGCAACAAAGAGAAGACUCAGGUGUUUGGGAUCCUUAGGUUGCAGGAAGACAAGUCAGCCGGCGACAAAGCUAGCACCGUGGCCGCCAGCACCAGUGGCAGCAGCGUCAAAUCUGGGGACGGGAGAUGGCAGGCGCCUAUCUUCGCAUUGGCCAGGAAAGCAUCGGAAACCUUCUCAGGAAGCAUUCAUGUUCUUCCCAAGGUAGCAGAGCACAAAACCUCCCCCUUUACCGAAGACUGGAGCACCAAGGCCUUUCGGGACCCUAUGGCCAUGGAGCGUGCCAACCUGCUGAACAUGGCCAAGCUCAGCAUCAAGGGUCUGAUCGAGUCUGCCCUGAGUUUCGGCCGAACCCUCGACUCAGACUACCCUCCCCUCCAGCAGUUCUUUGUGGUGAUGGAGCACUGUCUUAAGCAUGGACUGAAAGUGAAGAAGUCCUUCCUUGGAUACAACAAGUCUCUGUGGGGCCCUCUGGAGAUGGUGGAGAAGCUGUGCCCUGAGGCUGCAGAGAUUGCUGCCAGCGUCAGAGACCUCCCCGGCCUCAAGACCCCUCUAGGGAAGGCUCGGGCGUGGCUGCGCUUAGCUCUCAUGCAGAAGCGUCUGGCCGACUACCUGCGAUGCCUCAUCACCAGGAAGGACAUAAUGAGUGAUUUCUACGAGAAUGCAGCGGUGAUGUUGGAGGAGGAGGGUGCCGUCAUAGUGGGACUUCUAGUAGGACUCAAUGUGAUCGAUGCAAACUUAUGUGUGAAGGGCGAAGACCUGGACUCACAGGUCGGCGUGAUAGACUUCUCAAUGUACCUAAAGAAUGACAUUGAUGACUACAGAAGUGAGGAGAGAAAUGGACAGAUAGCCGCCAUUUUGGACCAGAAGAACUAUGUUGAGGAGCUGAACAGACAACUAAAUUCGACAGUACAGGGCUUACAAGGAAGGGUAGACAACCUUGAGAAAUCCAACUCCAAACUCAUCGAGGAGCUUGCCAUAGCCAAAAACAACAUCAUUAAACUACAAGAGGAAAACCAACAGCUACGAACAGAGAACUCUGUGAUUGUCAUGAAAACCCAGCAUCGUCUAGAGGUGACUCAGGUAGAUGUAGACGUUGAGCUGGACACUUAUAAGCAGUCGAGGCAGGGCCUGGACGAGAUGUACAACGAGGCCAGACGAGCACUAAGGGAGGAAUGUCAACUACGGCAGGAUGUGGAGAAUGAGCUGGUGGUGCAGGUGAGCAUGAAGCAGGAGAUGGAGAUGGCCAUGAAGCUG